CUAAACGACAGAGGGCGCGCGUAACUCUCUGGACACUUAUUUGCGUUUAUUAUAAUAAUUGUGAAACUUUUGUUUUGGGGAUACUAGUACUUCACACAUUCCAUAACAUAUACUUACGCAAAUGGGAGGAUGCAUAUAUCGUGAAAAUCUCCUGCAGGUUUAACCCUUAUCGCUUAGGUUUCGUUUUGUACCCAUUAUAACUCUUCCGUAAAAACAGCUGCGUCUGGUUCACAUCAGAGAGUGUCGUAAACCCUCUAUUUUGUUUCUAUGAUAGUAACUGAGCUAAGAGCUUCAGGUGUCAAACAGUAUGAGUAGAAGAAACAGGAAUAAUUACCUCUCUAUAGCCGCCGUGCGCGCAAUUGGACUGGACUUCAUCGAGAUGCUGGAGGAAACCAACAGGAGAUCCAUUACUGAUAGAAACAUACUUAAGGACAUCUACAAUGAAGAAUUUCGAGAUAGGGACGGUCGUGUCAAAGACCCAAACUUCUCUAGAGUCAUUUUUGCGCUGAGAAACGGAAACAAAGCUCGUCUUUCCCGAUCAGGAGGGCAUGUUUACUUUAACACAAAUGUCCGAGUGAGGCUGCAUGAUCAGUGGUUUAGACCUUGUCGAAGACAGCAAAACCAAGCUACUCUCACUCCGGGUAAUGUUAGGUCACUGUCGGCUACUAGUGCCCAGGAGGUCUCUGUUCCAGACCCAGAGGGUGGAGUCAGAGGAAGGAGAAGAUUGGCAAAAGAUAUCCUACAACGACUGAACAGUACAGAUAGGUCCUUUUUUAUAGCUGAUAAGCAUGGGGUGCGGGUGUCCUCAGAGCUUUAUACGGAAUUUGGAAAGAUUCAUAUGUGUGUGGAUCAAGCAGAGGUUUAUGAGCUGAAGCUGUUUGUGGAGAACACAGGUCAGGAUGCUGUUUAUUUCACAUACUACACUGCUCUACACUGGCUGCACUGUUUCACUCUGGAAGACAGCAGGAAAGUCACAUGCAGCAAUCCACUUCGCCUGGAGCCCUGUGAGAAGUAUGAGGUGACUGUGAGAUUCAAAUCCAGUCAUGUUGGAGUUUAUUUAGCUACCCUAGCAUUUGAGUUUAAGCAGAACACCGAGCCCACCACCCGUCCUUUUCACAUUGUGCGCUUCAUUGAAGUGGAGUACAGGACUAAGCUUGCAGCCUUACUGGGUCCUACAGAACCAUUCAGACCUCUGAGACUCAACAUCCUUGAGCCCGAAAACUGUAAAGUGGACGAGGGAAUUCCACCUGAGGGUUAUGUUCAGAACUUUCUUGAAACUGUUCUUCCACUGGGGCACUACACUCCACCUUCUGACGUCCUUGAACUAGCCAAGCUUCUGAAAGAUGGCUGCUCUUCCCGGAUCCUCAGAGGAAAGUUUCAGCAACUUCAGUUAGUGUGCUUCAAGUGAAACAUUAUUACAAUUUAAAAUGCAUAUUU